ACUUGCAGGAGUCUUUCAAUUCAUUUCUUUCAAUGGUUUUCCUCUUCAACGUAGUGUUUUGACAGUUAUUAUCGGUAUUCAAUUGUGGUUUCAUAGAUUUAAAGAUCUUCAGGAAUAACACAAGAUGGAUCCCGCACUGUUGAGAGAGCGAGAACUCUUCAAGAAAAGGGCUAUUUCGACACCUGUAAUUGAGAAAAAGAAAAGAGAACCUGAGAAAGAUACCAGCAGAGAUGAACCGAGUAAGAAGAAACCGAAAGUUUCAUCGGUGUCAAGUGGCCCCAAACUCGACCAAGUCACCUAUAAAACAUUGCCGGGUAGUUCACAGUAUAAGUUUGGAGUACUAGCUAAAAUUGUCAAGCAUAUGAAGACGAGACAUCAAGAGGGAGACGAUCAUCCUCUGUCAUUGGAUGAUAUUCUAGAUGAGACAAAUCAAUUAGACGUGGGGUCAAAAGUUAAACAGUGGCUGUCAUCGGAAGCUCUCAUUCAAAACCCAAAAAUCGAUGUGAUCGAUAAUAAAUUUGUGUUCAGACCUACCUACAAAAUUAGGGACAAGAAAUCAUUGUUGAGACUUUUGAAACAACAGGAUUUAAAGGGACUCGGUGGAAUAUUAUUGGAUGAUAUUCAGGAGAGUUUGCCUCACUGCGACAGAGCUCUGAAGCACUUGCAACAAGAGAUUCUUUUCAUAGUUCGACCUCUCGACAAGAAGAAAAUAGUCUUUUACAACGAUAAAACAGCCCAGUUACCAAUAGACGAGGAAUUCCAAAAGCUCUGGCGAGCAGUGGCUGUGGAUGCCAUGGAUGAUCAAAAAAUCGACGAAUACUUGGAGAAACAAGGUAUCAGAUCGAUGCAGGAUCACGGACCAAAGAAGCCAGCUCCAAUAAAACGAAAGAAACCAAAUAAUAAACGAAAGAAUCUCAAAAAACCCAGAGACAAUGAGCAUUUGGCUGACGUACUGGAGACCUACGACGAGAACAAAUGAAUAUAUGGGCGUAUCUGCACGAGUAAAUUAAUUCACCUAGCCAAUUCAAAUCGUUUAAAUAAAUAUAUAAUUUUUAUAAUCAGUUAUU